CAUCCACAAACUGGUAAUAUAUAUUUUUUUGAUAGAAAUGGGUAUGCAUUUCGAUAUAUAAUGGAAUUUUAUCGUACUGGUAAAUUAUUAUUAAGUGAACGUGAUAAAGAUAAAGUUACUUUUGUAACUCUUGAUGAAAUUGAAAAGGAAAUUGAAUAUUUUCGCAUUCCUGUAACUGAAGGUAGUGAUAAUGAUGAAUAUGAUGAUGAUGAUUUAAUGCUUGAUAGUCAAUCAAACGACAAAAAAAAAAAAAAUCACAAUAAUCCUGCUCCUGCUUCUGUUUUAAUACAUAAAUAUGCCGGAGCUAAAGUUGAUCAAUUUAUUAAUGCUUUAGAAGAAUUAAUUUAUGAGGCCAUGGGAUGUUUUGAAGAGCGAAUUGAAUUGAAAUUUUUUUCAAAUACUUCUGAUGUUGAAGCUUACUGGAAAGAAAUUGAACCUGCUUUAAAAUUCUAUUAUAUCAUGAAACCAUAUGGUGUAAUAGGUUAUUGUAUUCUAGAUAAAUUUUCUAAAGAAAUUCAAUUGUAUUUCGAAUCUACAAUGCAAAGUAUUUCUUUUCAAUCUAUCCAAGUUAUUGAUGAGCUUACUCCCACAGGGAAUUACGGAAAUUAUUAUAAAAUAUCUAUCAACAUUAAAGAUCGUUAUGAUAAAGAAGAUAUUAUAAUACAUACUAGAUUAGCUAAUUAUAGAGUCAGUUAGAUGUUGUCUUUUUUUAUUAGAUAGUUAAUAUAAAACACAAACAUUUAUUAUUGUAUAUUAAUCAAUCAAAGUUCAUC